CACCUACCAAAAUCGUGCGGGAAGAUUCAUACAAAAAACUUGGAAGCAGUUUCCUAAAUCCUAAAGCCAGCCAGCGAAAGGCUGCAGCAGGUGGGCAAGGCCAGAGAUUUUGGUAAUGGUGAGUCAUAAUGAAGCAAGGAUUUUAGAUUGGAAGGGAACUAAGGAGAAGAAAAGCCGUGAUCGGAAUAGGAAAUUUCAGUCAGUCGGAGAGUGACUGCUUAUUUAACCCCCAUACAGCUUCCAAUCCAUGUACCACUUGGGCGGAGCUGAGACAGGUCUCCCUGUUAGAUUUCUGGGUUUCUUCCAGUUCCAGGAUUCGUUCAACUUAUCUCUAUUGAGAGGGAGCAUCCUUUCUUUUCUUUUUCGGGUUGGAUUUGGAUUUCAUUCUUACUUUUUAGUAAUGGAGAAUAGGAGGAUAAGGGAACUUGAUUUGAAUGUUGGACCUUUCGAUGCUGAAUACGAUCAAACAUUAUCACAAUUGAUGGCGUCGGAACCUGAAAACCUGUGUCCUGUAACACAUGAGCGGAUUGAAGCUACUAUGUUCGAUCCUGAGCGUCAGUUGUCGGUGGGAGAAGCGAUUGGCGAUGUUGUAGGUGGCCAGGGGUCACUGCAGCAGUCUAGGCAGCGCAAUGUAACAGCGGGAGAAGGAGACAUCUACGUCAAUGGCAAUGCUGCCGGUCAUGCGACAACCCACGUAUUGGAGAUUGGCAACGAUCACGACAACGAGAAUACUGGCGAUGGCGGGAGCUUUUUCGAAUGCAAUAUAUGCAUGGACAUGGCGAAGGACCCAGUAAUCACCCGUUGUGGCCACUUGUUCUGUUGGCCAUGUCUUUAUCGGUGGCUGUAUAUUCACUCGGAUUUCAAUGAAUGUCCCGUUUGCAAAGGAGACGUCGAAGAUACAGACAUCAUACCAAUUUAUGGUCGUGGAAUCAAUUCGACGGAGGAGCAGGAGAAUGCAGCAGCGGAGCCGAGGCUGAUAAUCCCUCCUAGGCCUCAUGGACGUCGUAGCGAGGGGACCAGCCAGAACGUUCCUGGGGAAUUCCCCACCUUUGAGUUUGAGGAAUUGUCCGAUGGAGAUUUUGAAAUGACGGGAGGGUGGCCUGGACAUCAUUUUUCUGCCACCAUUUCGAUGAUUGCUCCUCCUGGUUCAAUGCCUAUUCGAAUUAUUAGAGGCACGGGAGAAUAUCCAUAUCACUUUUCGUGGCAGAAUACAGAGCUGGUUACAAUGGAUUUCACGCAGGGUGAUCCUUCUACCAGUACUGAAGCAGAGGUUAACCUGCGUUAUCUUCACAUGCAGUUUUUGAGAAUUCAAGAACAAAGAGACACUGAAUAUUAUUACUUUACGUCUACUGCAAGUAUAGCUCAGGAAUAUUUGAACCAUAUUCUGCAUCAUUCACACUUCAAUCAGCGUGCUCAACACCUUGUUCAGCAGCCCCCACAUUUUGAUCAGCCUGCUCUACACCAUGCUCAGCGCUCUCAGCACUUUAAUCGGUCAGCUCCAUACCUUGCUCGGUAUCCUUCGCACUUCAAUCAGCCUGCCCCAGACAUUCCUUCAAGCUUCAAUUUCCAUGCCCUAGACUAUGUUCAGCGUCAUCCAGACCUUAAUCUUCCUUAUAAAUUCCUUAUUCAGUGUCCACACUCUAAUUAUCUUGUUCGAUAUGACUUUACUGACUGUCAACACUUUUCUCAGCCGCCUCCACACCUUAAUCAACGACCUCCAUUCUUUACUCAGCCUCCACCACCCGACGCUAGAGUUUCCUUUUCAGACAUUGCCGCUGGAGCACGAUCAGGAAACCAGGCUGCGGAUGGUGCUGUAGAGAUGGAUUGGAUGAGAACCCUAUCUGCCUCAUCUUCCAGAGGAAGAGCUGCUUACCCGAGGGCUCCAGAUGUGAACAUUGCAAAGUUCCCUGCAAGUAGAAGAAUGUUUAACUGAUAUUUAUCCACAUCUACUUAUUGUCACAAUAUUUCUUGAAAGUUUUGGUAUCCUUCCAGAUUUAGUCACAAUGUCUUUUGGGCAUUUGUGUGUAAGUUCCAGAUUCUGUUAAGAGUUUUGGCUUCAAUUGUCAGUUCUCAGAAGUUACUUUUUUCCCCAUUUCCUUAUCUCCCUUCCCUCACUUUUCUAUUUUUUCUUCAUCUGCUGCGAAUCAAUGUAUUUGCUUAACCAUUUCUGGGUAUAAAUUUCCUUUUCUAUGGAUGAUGGCUUCAACAUUCAUUUCCCUUCUUUAUGGGCUUGAAUUGUUCAUUUGCAUAUCGUGUCUGCUUUUAGUAACAUGUAAAUUUAUCUGUAAGUUUUAUAUAUUUAUCUUCAAGAUUUAUACUUCCAUAUGUGUUUUCUUUUAAAGGAUAUAAUACACUUGGCUUUGGUGUUCCAAAGUACUUCAGUGCUUGAUACUUCGAUAAUUUAGCUUGUUGGGGUUCUCGGUUUCGUGUAUGUUUCCACCUACCUGGCUUUUAGUUUCGAGAUUGAGAAUAAGAUUGGAUGUUUGUUGCAUUCAGUUAAUGGAUCCCGUAUGGGUUUUGAUUGGUUUAUCAUAAUUACUGUUUGUUA